AAAGGGGUGGCUGGAGGGGUGACUACAUGGGUGGCUAGAGGGGUGACUAACUACACGUGUGACAACUGGACGGGUGACAACAUGGGUGGCUAGAAGGGUGACUUCAUGAGUGGCUAGAGGGGUGACUACAUGGGUGGCUAGAGGAGUGACUACAUGGGUAGCUGGAGGGGUGACUACAUAGUUGGCUAGAGGAGUAAGUGCAUGGGUGACUGGAAGGGGUGACUAAAUGGGUGGCUGGUGGACUAACUGCAUGGGUGACUGCAAGGGGUUGACUACAUGGGUGGCUAGAGGAGUGACUGCAUGGGUGCCUGGAUGGAAAAUCACGUCAGAAGACUAGAUGGGAGACUACAUGGGUGCUAAAUGGAUGGCGUGGGCAGCGCAGGAGGUGCCCACGCACUUCCGCUACAUCCUGGACAAACUCAACGAGCAGCGGCAGCACGAACACUUCACAGACAUCACUCUCAUUGUGUCUGGUCAGCAGUUUCGAGCUCACAGAGCGGUUCUGGCUGCAAGCAGUAACUUUUUCCACACGUUCUUCCAGGACUUCCACAACGAGCCACUUGUCGAGAUUGAGGGCGUAAGCGUGGAGGCGUUUCGCCACCUGUUGGAGUUCACGUACGCGUCGCGUUUCGCCGUUGAGGGCAUGAACCCAGCGAGCUUGGCCAGCGUUCUGAAGGCAGCGAAGUACCUGCAGAUGGAAGAGGCGAUACGAACGCUCACGGCCAGGCAGAAAACUUCCAGGCAGACGAGUGCGAAAAAGUCAGCGGAACACCGAAAAGUCUUCGACACUCAUAAGGUCGUGACAGAAACGCUGCCGGAGCUGCCCGACCCGGAGAGUGCCAAGAAGCCACAGCAAGGGAAUACUCCGAAGCAGGCAACUGAGGGGGCCGGCGGCGGGGGCGACGGGGGAUCGGCCCUGGCUCUGCUCGCUGACAUCACAAGCAAAUAUGAGCAGGAGCAGGUGGGGGAGGAUUCGCAGUGUCCAGCCAUGGAGCUGGAGCUGACGGAGGAUGGCCUGGAAGGGGCGCUAGUGGAGAGGGGCGGGGUGGAGGUGGAGGUGAGCUCCACAAGCGAAGCCCCCCCACCUCCACCACCUCAGGAGAGACUCUUCUGCUGCAAGUACUGCAGCCGCUCCUUCCGCAUGUACUACCAUUUCCGGGAGCACCUACGCACUCACGCGGGACCCAAGUUCACUUGCAAGGACUGCGGUAAGAAGUACACGCGCGAGCGUGCGUGGAAGCAACACGUGGCGUGUCACCACAAAGAGGAUGAGGACGAGGCGAGCGGCGACGCGGGCGCGCAAAACUCCAACAUCAUACGCACCUGCAUCUACUGCAACAAGAUCUUCCGCCAUCAGGGGCACUUCAAGGAGCAUUUGAGAAAGCACACCGGCGAGAAGCCGUUCGAGUGCCCAAACUGCCCCAAGCAGUUUGGCCGGAAGGGCACUCUGAAGACGCACUUGCAGGCUUGCUCCUCGGCCUCUGGGGCCAAGAAGGGCCGCCGAAAGGUGUACGAGUGCCAGAUGUGCACGAGGUCAUUCCAGCAGUGGGAGAAGUUCAAAGAGCACCUGACGGAGCACAUGGGAGAACGCCCAAACCACUGCCUAACGUGCGACCACUGGUUCACCCGGCCUGACGAACUGCAGCAACACAUGCAUGAUGUGCACAGGGCAGGUCUGCUCUCCACCGAAUUGCACACUCUCAACAUCAUCACGGUGGACAUACAAGUGCCAGAUCCGCAGCACGCAGACACAAUUACACCGGGCAUAAAGUACGAGCAAACUUCUGAAGCGCACACACAGCAUGUUGAUACACCUACAGUACACGCGCCCACUCAGCACACUCAAUUUGUGAAAGUGCAGCAAGUGGAGGAGGCACCCACUGAACACACACAAUUUGUGAAAGUGCAGCAAACGGAGGAGACACCCACUGCACACGCACAAUUUGUGAAAGUGCAGCAAACGGAGGAGGAGUCACCCACUGCACACGCACAAUACGUGACUGUACAGCAAACGGAGGAGACACCCACUGCACACACACAAUACGUGACUGUACAGCAAACGGAGGAGACACCCACUGAACACACACAAUACGUGACUGUACAGCAAACAGAGGAGGCACCCACUGAACACACACAAUACGUGACCGUACAGCAAACGGAGGAGACACCCACUGCACACACACAAUACGUGACUGUACAGCAAACAGAGGAGGCACCCACUGAACACACACAAUAUGUGACUGUGCAGCAAACAGAGGAGGCACCCACUGCACACGCACAAUAUGUGACCGUGCAGCAAACGGAGGAGACACCCACUGCACACGCACAAUAUGUGACCGUACAGCAAACGGAGGAGACACCCACUGCACACACACAAUAUGUGACCGUGCAGCAAACGGAGGAGACACCCACUGCACACACACAAUACGUGACCGUACAGCAAACGGAGGAGACACCCACUGCACACACACAAUACGUGACCGUGCAGCAAACGGAGGAGACACCCACUGCACACGCACAAUACGUGACCGUACAGCAAACGGAGGAGACACCCACUGCACACACACAAUAUGUGACCGUGCAGCAAACGGAGGAGACACCCACUGCACACGCACAAUAUGUGACCGUACAGCAAACGGAGGAGACACCCACUGCACACACACAAUAUGUGACCGUGCAGCAAACGGAGGAGACACCCACUGCACACGCACAAUAUGUGACCGUACAGCAAACGGAGGAGACACCCACUGCACACACACAAUAUGUGACCGUGCAGCAAACGGAGGAGACACCCACUGCACACACACAAUAUGUGACCGUGCAGCAAACGGAGGAGACACCCACUGCACACGCACAAUACGUGACUGUGCAGCAAACGGAGGAGACACCCACUGCACACACACAAUAUGUGACCGUACAGCAAACGGAGGAGACACCCACUGCACACACACAAUAUGUGACUGUGCAGCAAGUGGAGGAGGCACCCACUGCACACACACAAUACGUGACCGUACAGCAAACGGAGGAGGCACCCACUGCACACACACAAUAUGUGACUGUGCAGCAAACGGAGGAGACACCCACUGAACACACACAAUGUGUGAGUGUGGAGCAUACAGAGGAGACGCCUACAUCACAUACACAAUAUGUGAGUGUGGUGCAUGCCGAGGAGACGCAUACGGAAUACGUACAAUAUGAGAGUGUGCAGCAUGCAGAUGAAACACCUACAGCCGACACGCAACAUAUUGACACGCACGCGUCAGAUGCUCAGGAUAUUGAGAGAGGCACGCAAGAAACGCUGUUUGUGGACACGCACGUGGGUACGUUUGUACCAGAAACGGCUACCACAGAAACACAACACAUGAGCAUACCCAUACAAGACGCACAGCACAUGGAUACACAACAUUUGGACAUGCAACAGGUGUACACUCAUAUGGAUAUCGGAUUAUCAGACUCGCAGCACAUGGACAUAUCCACGAUAGACACGCAGCACAUGGAUAUACAGCAGAUGGACACCUCAACACCAGACACACAUGUGUACAUACUAAUACCUAGCACACAACACAUGGAGACCUCAACUGAUGACACACAACACAUGACCAUACAGCAUGUGAAUAUUCCUAUGGCAGAUGCCCAGUAUGUAGAUAUUGACACAGAAGGUGCAGAACACAUGGUUAUACAGCAUGAGGACUUAACAGACGCACAGUCUAUGGACAUAGUCACAUCAGGAACACAGCAUUUGGACGCACAAGAGAUGGAUAUACGACACAUGGACAUACCAGGCACACAAUAUGUAGAGAUACCCACAUCGGAAACGCAGUACGUGCAAAUACCCAGCACAGACACAGAGUACGUGGAAAUACCCACAAUGGAAACGCAGUACGUGGAAAUACCUACGACGGAUGCACAAUACGUGGCGACGCAAACCGGCGACUCUCUCGCAGUCGACGCGCAAGCUCUGAGCGAGCACUUGCAGACCUCGCACGCCGCUGUACCUCAGCUCGCCACGUUUCACGCCGAGUCGGAGGGAAACAUCGCCGCGUUCUCAAUCCCACCCCUCCAGGAAAGGGCACGUGCCUCGACCCCCUGUGCACCGUGCCCUGGCACGGCCGAGUCACACGCAGCAGCAGGCUCGCAGAACGGACAGCAAUAAUUGAUGGGGGGGGGGGGGGGUGUGGGGGGGUGCACAUCAAGGUCAUUCAACUUGCCAGUUUCCUUUCUCAUUCCUGAACGCCAUUGAUUGGGCGCGUGCCGCCGUGGCUUUUAACAGUUGUUAUGGCCAUGGCGCAUUGAAAGCAUGCACGCGACAAAUUAAUUUGUUUGGCCAGGUCGGGUGUUUAACAUGUAGGCUUUCGCGACCAAUAUUACCCAUAAUAGAGGGGUUUUUUUGAGGGGGGGGUGUUAGAUCGCGUAAACAUAAAUGUCUUUAAACC